CGUACGUGCCGCGGCCGGGGGCUCCCCUCUGCCUCAGCUGGCGGGGCGCGGCGGGUGGCGACAACACUUGCCCGCGCCUCGCUGCCAGUCCGGAGCUGCGGCAGCCGGGCGUGCUCACGGGAGGGAGGCAAUGUUGGUGCCGGAUUGGAGUUCGGAGUCUAGUGGCUUCAGCAAUCUGUUCGAAGCAGGAACCGGUGUGAAUGCACCUGCGGAUGCCUUUGGUCAAUCUCCAGCCCAUUUGGCUGCUUGUGGAGGUGAAGCUUUUUUCCUACUUUGGCAACUGCAGACAGGAGCGAAUUUGAACCAACAGGAUUGCUUUGGAGAAGCCCCAAUACACAAAGCAGCAAAAGUUGGGAGUUUGGAAUGUCUUGCUGUCCUUGUUGCUGGAGAUGCCAAAAUUGACUUGUGCAACAACAGUGGACAAACAGCAGCAGACCUUGCACUGGCCUCUGGCUUUCUGGAAUGUGCCAAGUUCCUCACAACAACUCAGCACACACAGACAAUGAAACUGAGAGGACAGUCUGGGGAUGCUCUAAGUGACAGACAGAGCUUGCUGAGAGAAGAUCCUGCUGGACUGAAACAAGGAAGUGAAAGCAGCAGAUCCAUAAGCAGGAAGAGGAGAAGAGCAGAUGGUUCCAUGAAUGGAUAUCAGGGACAGAGCAGUAACUUCUGACACUCUAGCCUGCAAACAGGAAAUGGAGAGAAUUUGAUGUGCUGAUUACACAGGGACAGCUGGUAGACCUCAGUGGCUCCCUCUGGGUGGCUGAACACCAAAGUGGCUACUUCUGCCAGCAAGGGGAGGUCUGAACUAAGAGAACUUCAGCAGAAAAUACAAAAAAAUAAGCUCACCUCUCAAAGGAAGCUUUUGCAGACUUACCUCCUGUCUAGAGGGCCCACUGUUUUACACAGUCCUGUUAUGCAAC